AUGGUCGCAGAGGCGGUAAUACCCCUCUCCGAGCUUCAGGCCAUCCAGCGGAGAAUCCUGCCUGUCGAAAAGAGAGAAGAUGAGGGCAAAAAGAGAGCAGUGGAGCUCCAAGGGAAAUCCAAGGCCAAGGCCAGCACGUGGACGAACACGCUCGAAGGUUCAAGAAAGGCGAAUCUUGCUGCAAGACAAGCUAGGUUGGACAAGGAAGAAGCAGGUACUUACUCUUGCCUACUGAUUAAGUAAGUACAUAGUAGAAACAGAAUGUGAUAUGCUGCGCUAACUUGUUAUCUAUCUAAAGAUGUGCUAUUUCUACUUGGGUGUCGUUGGGUCCUUCUACUUGUCGUCGUUUUCAACCGAUCCCAUAGAAAUUUACUUUGUUCUAUUUCAGCUCGGCAAAAGCUCGAUGACCAAGAGGCGGAAAUUCAAUUGGAGAAUAGGAAGAGAAUAAUAGCACGCGCGAAUCGUCUUCUCUACGAUGAGAGCGAUCGCAUUAAGAGCUUCCAUUCGAAGAUGCAGUACUCAGAUACUCUAGCAGAGCGGGAAGCCCAAAUUCAACUCAAAGAUGAGCUUGACAGGUAAUUUUAACACUAAGGGAUGUUAAAGGUCAUGAUUGGUAGUACUACCAGGCACCUAGAAGGGCUGAAUAAUUUUCGACAAUAUCUAUGUUCUGAUUUCGGGUGGGAAAAUCGUUCCCAUUAGUUAAGAAUCAUGUCUGAGUAUACAACAUUCAACAUGUGAUAAUCAAGUCAGUAGUUAAACAUAUGCACUAGCACUUGUUGCCUACUUGUUCCUUGUUGACUUGAUGCGUGCGUAAAAAUGAAAGUCAAAGUCCUUGUUUUCGUCUGCUUAACGUGAAGUAGACAGCACAAUGACUGACUAACCUUCAGGCUAGAGCAGAUUCGCGAAGAGCGGUUCCUUGAGAUGGACAAGCAUAAUUAUAGAAAAAUGCUGGAAAGGGAAUUGCGAGAGAAAGUCGAGUACGAUGACAAGCUUGGGAAAGCAACUGCAGUGCAGAAACAGCAACUGCUGGAGGCGAAACAAAAGCGCCUUGUAAUCUUGGAAGAGGACAUUAUGGAAGGUGUCUACAACUUCCUUGUAGUUUUGCUGAACUAACUAUGAUUGACGGAGUUAUUUUCUUCCUCCUGGACAAUUUUUCUGAAAUCAAUGACGACCUACCAGAGGUGUUGAAAUGGAAUUCGUAUGGGUAAAUUGAAAAUUUCUUCCAAAAAGGUGAGCUCCUCCGAAAGAAAGCAGCAGAAGAUGCAGAGCAGGAGAGAAAGAAUAUUUUGAAGAGACGCGCGGAAGCAACAUUAGCGAUGGUAGAAACGCAGAAAGCUAAUGCCUAUUUGAAGAGCUGCCGAGACGAGGACGCUAAAAGGAAAGAUAGAGAACGUACUUACUUUCUUCUCAAUGAUGAAAUUUGACUAGAUCAGAAUCACACAGAAAUCCAACAAAAAAGAUAUUUAUGCACUUGGUUUUUCGAUGAUAAGAAGUAUUAGCUUGGUGUCUAUGUAUUGCUUGAAUAGCUUCCUUCUGCUUCGGCACGACCGGUGCAAAAUCCUAAUCUCCGACAUCACAGAGCGGAAGAUAAAUGAGUACGCGGCAGAGAAGGAGAAGCAGCUUGCAGCUAGGAAGGCACGGCUCAAGGAAAUUUCUGAGAACAAGAUGAUGGUGCAGCAGCGAUUGAUCGAACGUCAGGCUGCGGUGCUUCGAGCCGCUGCCAAUGCCGAGGACGCUCGUGUCGAAUCCGAAAUGCUUCAGAAGCAGCUAGCCGAUGAGAAGAAGCGCCUCGAAAAAGAGGCGAGACUGCAGAAAAUGCAGGACGACGUAUUUAUCGUGCACCAUCUCUUUACUACUUUUUAUUUUGAAGCAUGCAGCGACGUGGCGCAUCAUGAUCAUCAUCAUUGGCAUUGACGACACAAGAAUUAAAGUUUGUUGUUUGAUUUCGAUUUUUUCUAAGUAUUUGGUCUUGGAAUCGUAAUUAUUUCGGUUCCUUGCAUCGCUUGAGGGGUCAAUGCAUGAGUACUGUAUUUACGAAGAGCGAUGACUAUGAUCCAAAUCCAUUAUCCACUUUCGAUUCUGUUUCUUAGGUCGACAAGAGUCGGCAGUAUCAAAUCAAGCGAAAAGUCUUGCAGAGACAGACAGAGAAAAAAGAGGAGAUCGAAAUGUCCGAAUUCUGGUCGCAAUGGUGCAAGCAUCUUGGUAUUUGAUUCAUCUCCUUUUGGUGCAAGCAUCUUGGUAUUUGAUUCAUCCCCCUUCGCUUUCCCAGUAAUACCACGGAAGAUGCUAGAAACUGAUGCAAUUAUCUAGCUGAAGUUUUCGGAAAGACCAACUCUUCAGACCAAAAUGUUGUUUUGUCUAUUUGAUGGCUUCAACAUGCACCUGCACCUUUACCUAUCGUAUCCUUUUGCAUCCCCUACCACCUAUUGAAUGAUCUACCUAUCGCAGAAAACGAGGAGAAGCAGGAGUCCGACCUGCGGUUCCAGGCGACGAAAAAUCUGCAGCGCGAGCAUCUGAAACAGAUUGAGCAGAAAAAGAAGCGUGACACGCAUGAGAAGGAAGUAGAAAAGCUAGUAGUAGAGAAGGCGCGACAGGCUAUUGAGCUAGACUCAUUGGAGUACUACAAGUACGCUGAGGCCAUGAUCCGCGAAUACGCGGAGGACGGAAAGAACGUGAUUCCGCUCAUCAAAGAACUGAAACAGUAUCGUCUCCGAGAAGGAGCGUAAACAACCGCUCGUGGAGGCUGCAUCGUAUCCGAUGAGACCUCUUCCGCGACGGGUGAUGUUGCUGAUAGACUCCGCUCUUCAGAACUCGUCAUGCAAGCAUAAAUUAGUUCCUCUACUAGACGGUCCAGAAUUAGAAAAAGAGUCAAUUGUUGAACUCCGAUUUCGAUAAAGUCUCUUCGUUUACGCGAUUCAAGAAUACCAUUCUAUGAUUGUCAAAACUUAGUCUUGCGAACAAAGGAAACUCACUGUAGAAGGGUAUCAAUGAAAACAACAUCAAAGCAUAUUAAUGGCCCAAGCUCUGUUCUACUGGGCGUGGUGGACUGGUCGUACUAAACGUGGUCCUACUCAGUAGAAAUGGUUCUUCUAGAAAACAAAAUUAAUGUAAAAGCUAUGUAUACCCUGCAUGUUCGGGUUCUCAGUAGUACAGGUGAUCAAAAAAUGAACGCAAACACUCAUGAAACAAUAUUGUGGAAGCUUCAUCACAAAAAAUAUUUCGUCUGCCCUAUUCGUAUUUUCAAGCUGAACUUCAUGAACUACGCGACGCGCGGGGACUGACGUUGUGGUAUUUGACAAAAUUAGUUUUAUUGCAUCAAUAUGCAGACAAGUCGUCAGCGCAGUUUUGUUGCAGUCUCCACAUGGUAUCAGGAAACGACGCUCGGCAGCUGGAACAUAAUGGGCGAUGUCCGACGAAGACUCGCACAUUGCUGAAGAAUCAUGUGACUAAAAAGCGAAAGAAAGACUUGUCAUAACUUCCCCUGCGUCGAGACGAUUUUGUCUGAUUUGAUUCCGAUAAGCCCUACAAAAAGUCAAAUUUGAAAAACAAUGUACUAAACUGCACGCACCACCCGGCGUAGAAAAGUCGCAUGAGACUAAUGAAUUUAGCCCACGAGAACUCAGACGCCAACCGUCCGUGCCCUAUGAGAUUUGCAUCGCCUGGCAUCAGAAGCAGU